AUGGUGGAACACGCGCUCGUAGAUUGCACUCAGGCGAGCGCCAUGCAAACCCUGCCCCCACAGCCGCAUCGAGAAGCUGAAGAAGACCAGCUCGCCGACGAGUAUGUGCAAAAUUUUGAGCUUGAUCAUCUCGAAGAUCAUCAUUUAGUAAAACGGGAGCCUUUACGAAAUGGUUGGCACGAAAUGGCAGAAGGACCCCCUGCGUGCGCCCGCGCUUGCCGACCGUGGCCAGAUACAGGACCGUAUCCUCAACCACAUAUAGCUAUCGCCGUAGAUCCUAGCACACCUCCAGAGACGCCACCAGCACCCGUCGGACGGAGCCCGUGUCGCGCGGCUCUGGUCGACGAUGUUUUGUGGCUUCCUCAUAUGCGUGAACCGCUGGAUAUGCGUACAGUACCCUGCGGGACUUUCGAAGAUUGGGAUCGGCGAGAAUGGAGAGAACAGGAUCAUCAUAUACAACAAGUAGCAUUACGACCGGCGAGUUCAUGCUCAGCUUUAUCUCCACGCACUGGACCACAUCCCUCCUAUCAACCUUCGUCGUGUGGUGAAGAUCUCAUUAGCGAUGAUCUUUUGAUGACAUUGAGCGUUCGUGAGCUGAAUAAGCGUCUUCAUGGAUUUCCCCGCGAAGACGUAACACGACUGAAACAAAAACGACGCACAUUAAAAAACAGAGGCUACGCUCAAAACUGUCGCAGCAAGAGAUUACAGCAACGGCAAGAACUAGAGUUGACAAACCGAUCAUUGCAGGACGAGUUGCAUGUCCUGCAACUGCAGGUGGCUCGCGUCACGCACGAAAGGGAUUUAUUGAAGCAAAGACUAGCAAUGGUGGGACGUGAACACGCUGUGCCGCAGCACGCUCCUCCCACACCUCAUUCUUCACCGGAGUUUUUCUCGGAGCUGUGA